AUGAUGCACGCCUUCCGACAGCUCCUGUCGUUCGCUGCCCUCGUCACUUCCGUCUCGGCCGCCACCGCGGACCAGUGGAGAGGUCGCUCCAUUUACCAGAUCAUCACCGACCGAUAUGCCUUGCCGGAUGGCGCGGACCUCAACGCCUGCAACCCGAAGGACCAGACAUGGUGCGGCGGGACGUGGACCACCAUCCGGGAGAACCUAGAUUACAUCCAGGGCGCCGGUUUCACCGCCAUUUGGAUCAGCCCGGUCUCGCAGAAUUACGAGGGCCCGCGCACGGCAUACGGCGAUGCGUACCACGGCUACUGGAUCGCCGACGUCACGAAGCUCAACGACCGCUUUGGCACUGCGGACGACCUCAAGGCGCUCUCGGACGAGCUCCACCGCCGCGGUAUGUACCUUAUGGUCGACGUCGUCGUCAACAACGUCAUGGCCACCUCGACCACGCCCGACCUCUCAACGUUCCUCUUUCAGGACGAGUCAAAAUUCCAUCCGUUCUGCCCGAUUGACUGGAACAAUGACACGAGCGUCAUUGACUGCUGGCUGGGCGAUACGACCGUCACCCUCCCGGACGUCAACACGCAGGAUCCCGAUGUCGUGUCCGCGUACCAGUCAUGGAUCACGGAUCUCGUCAAGGAGUACAACAUCGACGGGCUGCGUAUUGAUGCCGCUAAGCACGUCAACCUUGACUUCUGGCCGAAGUUUUGCGGCUCUGCGGGCGUCUUCUGCAUCGGCGAGGUGUUCGACGAUGAUAUUGGACAAGCAUCUCAGUACCAAGGCCCCGAUGCCCUCGACUCCAUCUUGAACUACCCGAUCUACGACGCGCUCGUGAGCGCGUUCGCGAUGCCCGGCACACAGAACAUCAGCGCGCUCACGGACAAGGUUGCGCAGUCCCAGAAGAUGUUCAAGGACCCGACGCUGCUGGGUAACUUCCUUGAGGAUCAGGACGUCCCUCGCUGGGCCAACCUGUCUGUCGACCCGCAGUCGCUGUACAAUGCGAUGGUGUACAAUUGGAUGUCCGACGGUAUUCCCAUCUUGUACUACGGCCAGGAGCAGGGCUUCCACGGUAACAGUGACCCAUACAACCGUGAGCCGCUCUGGCCGUCUGGGUACGCGAACACGACUGCGUACCAGCUCACGAGCAAGCUCAACCGGUUCCGCAACUUCCUCGUGAACGGCACGAGCAACUGGGCGUCGACGCAGAUGGAGAUCCUCACACAGAGCGACUAUGGCCUCGGCUUCCGCAAGGGCGACGUCGUCACCAUCCUGACGAACAUCGGCUCCCCACCGAAGAACGUCACCAUCAACGUCUACACACCUUGGGCAGCAUCGACGUCCACGACCGAGAUCAUCUCGUGCGAGAAAUACGCCGUCGGGAGCAACGGCACCAUCUUCAUGGACUACAACAAGGGCGGCCGGCCCGCGGUCUUCAUGCCGGACCUGCUUCUCAACUCGUCGGGCGUGUGCGGGUUCGAGGGCCCGAACCAGUACGUCGAGCCGCCCGUCGUGGCGCAGGUCGCGAGCGGCGCAGCGAGCGUGCUCGGUCGGGGUGCGGUCAUGGGCGCGUUGCUCGGCUUAGCGAUCGGUGUUUGGGGCGUGGUGGGGUGGUGA